AUGGCUUGCACCCGAACGCCUAUGGACGUCCCUUUCAUUUCUUCUGGAGCGUCCAGUAGGCGGCACUACACUCUCGUUCGUAACGUGGAGACCGCCCAGUCAGCACAGCAGGCCGACGAGUACAUAUUCGCUGAGGUUCGAUCCAUUCAAAGUCAAUUCAAUGACCCAAGGCUGUCUUUGCGGAGCUGCAAAGAACUUCUGAUUGUACUGCUCUAUUGCUAUAACGCGGUGACAACGAGCGGGCUAAAACAGGAGGCCUUAUACUUUGCGAUUCCCCAUGCGAUUAACUUGGCUGAAGCAGCUUCCAAUGCCAAGGACAAGCGGAUCGGCUAUCUGUUUUGUUCCGAAAUUAUGCCUCCCAACCACGAGUUACAACUCAUGCUUGUGAACACCUUGCGCAAGGAUUUAGAAGACUCUUCCCUCAUGCGAAUAUGCCUUGCCUUGGACAACCUCAUAGCUUCGUCAACAGAAGACGUGAUCCCCGCCGUGCAAGCCCGACUUCACGAUCUACUAGUUCAUAACUCACCUUAUAUUCGCCGUCGAGCCCUAUUGGUAUACAGGGCCUUGUCCAGACAUGAUCCCGACCUUAUGAAACCCAUCAUUCCCACCGUGAUGAAGAGAAUGAAAGACCAUGACCCUUCUGUGUCGGGUUCCGCCAUUGCGAUAUCGGCGUCAAUUAGUGAUAACCGCGACAUCCACAAGCUUACCAAUGAGCUUUUUUCCUCAGUAUCAACAAUCGGGCAUCCUGAGUCGAGGUACUGGCUGCUCACAAUUAUUCGAACACUCCGAAAUUUAGGCCUGAAUGAUACCAACCUGCCAAAUGUCAUUAGAUUAAUUCGAUCGGCUUCAACCAGUAAGGACUAUGGUCUGCUCCGUGAAGCAGCACUACUUCUUGGAGAGAUAAGAAACGAGGCGUUUUUUAACGUCGCGAUGUCAUCCAGGCGGGCCCCGGUCGAGAGCAUAAGGGAGAUCCUCGUGUCCCGAGAACCGAACGAACAAUACCUCUUCCUAUCAUGUCUCGAGUGUGUCCACCCCAUGUGGUGGGCAGGAAUCACACCUGAAUGUCCCGCCGUCUUAGAGGAAUGGGAAGUAGAACGAUUCAUGCAGCUGCUCGACUCUGCUGAUCCGUUGAUUCGGCGCAAGGCAAAUCCCAUUCUAACUAUGACUCUGAAAAUUCUUAACAGAGUCGACCCUGACAUCAUUUCGGCGUAUUAUGCUCAGUCUGUGCGGGCACUGCCGGCCGAAAUGCCAUACAAUAACAAAGUGGAAUCUACAUGGCGGUUAUUAGAAGUGUUACAAGUACAGUUUGCAGGUGAUGGAGAGCAGUAUAGUCGCCAGACUCUGGAACUCUUCAGGCAUGUCGAAUCGGUAGGUCCGUCGGACUCCCAACGUGUCCUGGAUGCUGCAGUCGAGAAAGUUCUGUCAUUUAUUAGAGACAGCAGCUCGAUGUUCCAGAUCGCAUCUUCCACCGUAUUUUUGGCUCGCCUCACGGACGGUGAAGACAUGGGCCCGACGAUGAUGGUCAUCGUCGCUGCUCUCGGAUGUGAAUACUGCGAACUAUUGUCUUUGCCUCCAAAGGAUGUUUUGAAUGCUCUGUCGUCGAGGCUGGCCUCCUCAACUGCGUCCAUCCAAGAUGUCUGUCUAGUCUCGAUGCUCCGAAUUAGUGCAGAAUGCGACACAGUGCCCGAAGAGGUCAAACUUGCGGUGUCCGGGUUGGCUGAGACUUCUAGACAAUAUAUCCGACGACGCUGCGAACAGUUUUUGAAGCUCUCAACGCAAAAAGAUGUACUGAAGUCGAUCUUGCGCUCUGCUAGAUCACUGACGCUUCCUCAUGUUCUGGAGGCAUUGGUGCAACAAGGCUCGAAGUUGAGCUCGACCUCUCUGCCAACGUCACCCCAAAAGCCAUCUGGGAGUCUCUCGCUCACCGCAUCUCCAUCUUUGGGAGCUAGCAAGCUGCGAUACGAUGCAUACGAGAAACCUGCACCCAUUCCUCGACUACGCGGUCGCCGACCAUCAAGUGUCCGCAGUGAAUCAACGUCCGGUUCUAAUCCCGCACUCUCGAGAACGGUCACCGCUGGGGAUCUGGCCUUGGCCGCGCAGGAGUUUGAGAUGAUGUCUUUGUCUUCACCACAAACACGACCAACAGACCAGGUCGCACGGCCCGACCUUAUUGCAUUCGACACACCGUUUAUCAGUGAUCCCGAUCCGACUGACUUUGAAACCAGCUGGAACGCCCUUGGCCCAUCGACUUCAGCGCGAGGGUGGUUUGAAGGUUCAGUGGACAUCCUCCUGGAACGCUUGAAGGGUGUGGACGGGAAUGAGAUCAAAGUCUUUCCUGCGGGUGAACCGCCGUUUGAAGGGGAAGUGAAGGUCAUUCUGCAGCAGUCAUCCGAAACGGUUCUUCGGCUUCGUGCGAGUGACGACGGUGGUUGUUUAUGGCGGCUACGAUGUGGUGACGCGCAGUUGCGUGUAAGGAUUAAGCGUGCCCUGGUGGAGGAGUAA